AUGAGAGGUCUGGUGCUUCUGCUGUUGGUGGCUGUGGCGAGUGCGAGGGUCUUCGAGCGCUGUGAGUGGGCCCAUAUACUGAAGAAUGCUGGGAUGGAUGGAUACGAAGGCAACAGCCUGGCUGAUUGUGAGUAUUGUCGAUCUGCAGACACUCAGUCUAAGCCUUUGCAUUUUGGGUGUUUUUUUUCAACCUGCAGUUCCUGUCCAUCAUUUCCCCUCACUGUUGCUGCUAUAGGCUUUAAAAUCUGUCAUACAGAACAUGCAAACGUAGACAUGUUUGGGGUUUUCUUUGCAUUGUAACCAAGUCAUAAGUGUAAAUUUAUUUGGUGUAGCCUACAAUGGAUAUCAGUCAGCAGACCCUUUCUCAGUUUGUUGUAUUGGUUUCAGGUCAAUCAGCUCAUUUCCAGUAUUUUUAUCCUGUAUUAGGAGGAUUGACAAAAAUAUGGUCAAUCUCUUUCAAAUCAAUGCCAUUAAAGGCUGUGAACGAACAUGACUUUCUGAAUACAACGGUGAAGCAGUUUGCCGCCAGAAAAAUUAAAGGAGACCACUCCACUCAUAUAAAAACAAGAAACAAAGAACUGAAUGCCACGACUGAGCAUUUUAUUUUUACACAUCCUGAUAAAGAUGGAUUUUACCUCAUUUAACAUCAACUAAAAAGGAAAGGUUUAUAAUGUUUGGAAUUGAACUUGUUUGCUCAUCCAAAAGCAGGUUAGUUUAUCUUAGCCCAACAUUCAAAAUAUAAGAUACAGUAACUUUGAUUUCCUUUGCAGGGGUUUGUCUGACCCGGUGGGAGUCGAGCUUCAGCACUCAGGCCAUCAACCACAACACUGACAAAUCCACUGACUACGGCAUCUUUCAGAUUAACAGCCGCUACUGGUGUGAUGAUGGCUCAUUCAAAUCUAAUGCCUGCAACAUCAGAUGCAGCGGUCAGUAAUAAAAUACCUCAAACCUGAUUAAACCUGCUUCUAGUCAGGCACUCUGCCCUCUCCAUCUGCUCCAUCCCAAGGCGCAUUAAAAAGCAUACUGGACAUGUGAUAUUCAAAUGCAAACAGGCCUCAAAGGGUUUGGUAGCUCUGUGCAGUUUACUCUGGCUUUCCAUUUGAUCUUGAGUCUGGUCCCAUCUCAGUUUGACAUAGUUUCACGCAAAAUAUGCUGAACAUUACCCACUGACACAGUAAUGUGUGUAAAGUUGGUAUUAAAUGACAUGGACUACAGCUGUAUGUGAGCUGCAGAUACCCUCUGACCUUGAAAGGUCCUCUAGUCUCACUCAUGACAGUAGAAACUCUUUGGAUUUUUAAUUUCAAGGAAAAUUUUGAAAUAUUUUGUAAAAAGAUCAACCAAAAUGUAUCUUUUGCAUACUGUAGAUGAAAUCCUCAAAUAACCAUUCAAAUCUAGAUUUCUUCAUUUUUCCUUCACAGACCUUCUGACUGAUGAUGUUGAUACAGCAAUCACCUGUGCCAAGCGUGUCGUCAGGGAUCCCAAUGGCAUCCGAGCCUGGUAAGUUCUAACCGUGUGACUGAAUUAGAGGUUGUGAUAUGAUCAUGGACCCUUGAGUUUUGAAAAGAUGAGUUACACUUUUGUAUGUCUCUUUUGUGUGAUUACAGGGUGGCUUGGCGCGUUCACUGUGAGGGCCAGGACCUGACCCCCUAUCUGGAGGGAUGUGGUCUUUAA